AUGCCAGUCUUUGUUUAUUGUCAAGUUCCUACCACUCAUCUUUUUGAUAUUCAGAUUGUCUCUGUAGCCAUAUUCCAUGGAAGAAACUACAGGAGUGGAAGUAAUUUUGGGUAUAUUAUACACAACUCAUAUUUGAUUAUGGAUAAUGUUCUCAUUCGUAAAUGCGUCAAUGAAAAACUAUUGAAGUUUUGUAUCUUUGGUUCUUACAAAAGCGACAAGCGUAAAAAAAAAAAUGUGACAAAAUUUCAAGAUGAGAGAAGUGGAAUUUUUAAAAAGCGACAAUUUCUGUUGGCAAUAUUCGUUCUUAAUCAUACAUUUAAUCUCCGAUCAAAAUUGAUUGGUAUCGAAGUAACAGCAACAGCAGCAGCAGUAGCAGUAGCAGUAGCAGUAGCAGUAGCAGUAGCAGUAUCAAACAUUGAGCGAGUCAUGGAAACUUCGACAUUUGACUCUACAAAUAAACAAAUUAUAGACAAUCAUUCAUUAAAAAAUGAAAUUAAAAAGAAAACAGCUGGACUUGAUAAAACAGUAGUAGUUUUAUCACCCAAGACACCACCUGCAGUUACAGCUGCUCUCUUGGCUGAUUCUCUUUUCCCACCUCGAAAACCUAAAAAGUCUUUAAAGACAACUAAUGAUGAUGAGAAUAACGAAGACGAUGAUGAUGACGAACAAAAAAUAAAAAAGAAGACCCCAAAGGAUACAUUACCAAAUGGUUCUCGUAUGGAAAACUUAACUUGGAGAAUGAUGGCUAUGACAUUAAAUAAAAAGAAAAAGGCAGAAAAGGAGGCAGCAAAAGAGGAUGAUGAUAAAAUGGAAGAAGAUAAUUCAAGUUCAGUAACAUCGCCUCCUCCACCAGAUGAUACAAUUACCUUUCUCUCUUCUUCUGCUCCCCCUUACAUGAUGGAUUUUAUGGGAAAUAGUCAGCAGCUGCAGCAACAACAGCAGCAACAACAACAAUUACACCAACAAAAAAAUGUCAUGGUUCAUGGUUCAACUAGAGCUACUAUUCCAGCUCAUUUAUAUAAUAAUGAUAUAUACUCUGGAAUUUAUAAUACGAAUAGUAUUACAAUUCCUGUUGAUAUGGAUAUUUCAGAAGAUCCAACUAUAUCCCCUCUUUCAACAGCAUCUUCUUCACUUCAAUAUAAUUAUUUCAGUCAAUCAGUACCUAAUAAUAACAAUACUUUAUUUAAUAGUAGUCCAAUUAUAACCAAUAAUAAUACUGGCUUAUUAUUCUCCCAACAACAACAACAACAGCAUCAACAAGAUAUUGCAUUUUUUGCUUCCACACCAACUGAAAAUACACCUUCACCCGUUGCUUACUCUCCCGCAAUAAUAGAUGGAUUAUUAAUAUCUAAUGGACAACCACAACAAGCAGAUUUAAAUACCAUGACAAUAAAUGGAUUUACAACUUCGCAUCAACACACUUUAAUCGGAUCUCCAAACCAACAAGCACCGCCAAUUCCUCCGCUACCAUCUCCAUCUACUGAUAACACUACUACUUCUAAAAUUGUCAUUAACCAAGAUAAAAAAAGCCUACAAAAGAAAUCAUCAAGUGAUCAUAAUAAAAAGGAUAGUAAUUCUACAACAAAAUGUACCAAUUGUGGUACAACCACUACUCCUCUCUGGCGUCGUAAUCCAGAAGGUCAACCUUUAUGUAAUGCUUGUGGUCUCUUUUUAAAACUUCACGGUGUUGUUCGUCCCUUGAGUUUAAAAACUGAUGUCAUCAAGAAAAGAAAUCGUAGUGGAAAUAACAGAAAUAUGGUACAGAUUGCACCUUUACAACAACAGAGCGGGGGUGGUUCUGGAGGCAGACCUAUUACAUUUACAACAAGAUGGGGAACACAUCAAAAUAUGAUAAAGAGACAAAGGAGACAUUCUAUUGACGAUCAUAAACAACAGCAACAACAACAUCCACCAAUACAACAAUCACAGCAAAGUGUAUUUAGGAUAGGUUCAUUAGGAAGCAACAGUAGUAAUUCACAGCAACAUAGUUAUCUACCUUCAUCAUAA